CAGCCCACAGGCCACAGCACAGACAGGCUUCGCAGUCGCAGCGCCGCCGGCCUCACGCCUCGCCGCCCGAACCAGCGCCGUCCCCCGUCGUCUCCUGCGGUCCGCGGCCUCCCACCGCUGCCUGCCUCCGCGUCUUCUCCCGCAGCGCCGGCGUCCGGCGACCUCCUCUAAUCUCCGCUCGCGCCGCGCCCCCCUCGUCCUCGGCGUCGACGGCCCUCAGGCAACUUUCCCCCAAUUCCGCCACCCCACCGUUAAGAAACCCUAAACCCCGGAACGAAUUCGCAGCCCCUCGGGAGCUCUGGCGAUGCAUCUCACUCUCGAAUUCGGGGGCGGGCUGGAGCUGCUCCUGGAGAACUCCACCAAGGUGCACAAGGUGGAUGUCCCGAUCAUGGAUGGCGAAGGCAAGGUGGCGAUGAAGGGUCUGCUCUCUUGGGUCAAGGCCAAUCUGAUCAAGGAGCGCCCGGAGAUGUUCGUCAAGGGCGAUUCCGUGAGGCCUGGGGUUCUUGUCCUUAUAAAUGACUGCGAUUGGGAGCUGUGUGGUGGUCUUGAUGCAGAGUUGGAAGAGAAGGAUGUUGUGGUUUUCAUAUCCACCUUACAUGGUGGUUAGUUUAAUUAUCGGGAUGUUACAUCUUAUGAUUGUACUGAGAAUUGCAUCUUGUAUCAAGUUGGAAAAGGAUUGCAAAUCGUGGAACUGAACCAGAUGAUAUAAUUAUCAUCAAACUAGAGUUCCAUUUUCCUUACUGAAACACCAUCACAAAAAUAUUGUACACAACUGAUCCAGUAUUUUUGUAAUACUGCUGUGGUUCUCCUUGAACUGCUGUAUACAUAAGUGGAUGGUCAAGUUAACGCAUUUCUGACCACUGUUCCUUCAUGACUACUACACAUCAUGGCGUUAUCCUAGAAGUGAACAGUUUUGAUGUA